AUGCUGUUCAUGGUCACGGCAUUUCCCCCGCUUCACACCGUUACUACUACUAGACAAAAGUCGUCAUCCGUGCUGAGAGCCAAUAAUAAUAACAAUGACAAUAAUAGUGACGAUGGUAUCAACCAGGAUAAUCCGCUCAAAGGCAUGGAGCUCACCAGUGCGUUGGCACGGAUCGACGAACAAUGGCAAAUACAGCAACGAAAAGCACCGGGACAAUCGCGAUGGACCAAACUCGUACUGCCCAAAGAAGAAGAAGACGAAAUCGCGGAAGAUGCCUCCUUUGAACAACCACUAAAGAGUGACGACGAAAUUGUCUAUCUUCUGGAACCAACCAACUCAUUUUCACCAUCCUGUCUCAUUGUUUUUGUCGGUGGCGCUGGAUUGGGACAAUUUCCACAAAUUGCGUAUAGUGAAUUCCUCAAAAGACUCUCGGACAAACUGAAUGCUGCCAUUCUGACAGUCCCCUACACGGUUGGAUUGGAUCAUUUUGAAUUGGCCAAAACCACGGGGGAUCAACUACGGAGAGCCAUUCUCUACUGCCAAGAUGAUCCCAAACGACAAUAUCCAGAAACCAUGCCAGUCUUUGCACUCUCCCAUAGUUUGGGAUGCAAGUUACAAACAAUCUACGUGGCGGCUACCAAACAACAGUACCGUGGGAUGGGAUUCAUCAGUUACAACAACUUUUCAUUUGGACAGACGCUGCAAAUGGCACGAACUUUUGCCGAACAGUUGCGGGGAAAUUACUACGGUGGUGACGAUGUAAUGGAUCCAUCUGUCAAAAGCAAAUCGAACGAAGCAUUUGAUAUGAUCUUUGGAAUGGCCGAGACCGUCUUGAAUGCGGUCGGAUUGGAUUUUUCUCCUUCUGCUCAAGAUACCCAACGAAUUAUUCAGCUCAAGUUCGAUGACGAACUACAACAAAAGACGAGACUCUUCGUCAUGGAUCAAGAUGAUAUGGAUAGCAGUGCUCAAUUUGCCGAUAGUUGCGACGGCACAGUUUCGACCAGCGGAGUGGGAGGAACCCACUUGACUCCUGUCUACUUCAAGUUGGGCUUGGAAGAUUUGCCGCAAGAUAUCCCGCGAGAGCUUGCCGAGGAGUUUGCCGGAGGUUACGAGAGUGCAGCAUUUGGUGAUGAAGGCAAUAUGAACCAGCUAAUACAGGAGGUGAGCAACUGGAUCUUGGGACGGGACCCCUCUAGACCAGCGCAUUGGGCUGCUACAGCAACUACGACAGGAACCGAUAGGCUCAUUUCCGGUGGAACAGUGGCUGACAGCGAGGGACCAUAA